GAGACCUGAGUCAGCUCCAUCUCCACCCAAGCCAAACCAAACCUGAGGCAGGAGCCGAAACUCACAGUCCCUCAAGGCCUAUAGCCAGGUGAUGGAGGACGAGGAGAAGGCAGUGGACACCUUGGUGAGCAACAUGGAAGCUGCUCAUUCUCCAUCCCCCAUCCGCUGCUGCUGGCUUCGCCUCCGCUACCUGGCAGCUACUAGCAUUAUCUGUGGCUGCUCUUGCCUGGGAAUCAUGGCCCUUGUGUUUGCCAUCAAGGCGGAAGAGCGGCAUAAGGCAGGCCGGUUCGAGGAGGCAGUGCACUGGGGGGCCCGGGCCCGGAACUUCAUCCUGGCCAGCUUUGCCGUCUGGCUUGCUGUCCUCAUUCUGGGCCCCCUGCUUCUGUGGGUCCUCUCCUACGCCAUCGCCCAGGCUGAGUGACCCUGGGUGGCCUCUGCUGAGAGUCAGCGAGACCUCCUGGAUCCUGCAGUGCAGCGUUGCUAGGGUCUGGGGUGAGAAGUGGUCCUUCCUGGCUGGAGGGAUGGUGCCUCUUUCAAAGGGCUUUGGAAGAGAUCUUCUAGACCUUUCUAAAAGGAGGCAGCAGCUGAGACUGGUGAGGGGAGGCCAGCCUGCUCUGUUCUGUCAGUGCCCACCAGCCCCUAUUUCCCCCAGCCCACCACAUCCUAGGAGCCUCAACCCAGAGGUGGGGUUGAAAACCAGGCCUGAUUUUAUUAGAAUUUGUUUUGUAAUAAAAACUUUUUAGUAGUGAAA